UGUCAGUAACCAUCGGUCCGCGGUACGGGUGCGUCGUGCCUAACAUACGCCGCCGGGUCAUUUAGAGUAACAAAAUUCGCGGUUUUUGUAACUUCCAUAAAAACUGUAAAUUCUACGCGAAGUUAAUUGCUUUUUUUGUAGUGACGUGUUAUUUAUCAAUAGUACCAUCGUAUGGUUCUAACUUCGUUGAUAUCGAUUUAUUAUUGAGAAUAAAUUCCAAGUUGUGUGAAAUUGUGAUGUGCGUGGUGCAUUAGCGCUCCUCGAGUUAUGUUUAUCAAGGCCGCGCCAGUGGUGGCCGAAGAGGAGCGCCGCGGUUCAGUGUCCAAUUGGUUUUCGUCGUUGAGACGUGGCGGUCGGCGCAAACGUGAGGAUAGUGCAGUUCCGACCGGUUAUGGCUCAUUAGGCAGAAGGAAGGAUGGCACCCAGUCUCGCGGCAAGACGAGGUCGGCCUGGGAUCUAACCACCGUCACCAGACUGCAACUCAAAGAUGAGCUUGGUGAGGUGGUGGCGGAGUUGGAGGCCCUCGACGGCCAGGAGGAGUGCAAGCAAAAUAGUAAAGCCAAACAGAUGAGCAUAGGCAGGAAGAAAUUUAAUAUGGAUCCUAAGAAAGGUAUCGAAUAUCUAUAUGAAAACGGACUAUUGCAAAGGACGCCGGAAGACGUAGCGCAGUUUCUCCAUAAAGGGGAAGGGCUCAGUAAAACAGCGAUAGGAGACUACCUCGGCGAGCGCUCGGACUUCAACGAGGCGGUGCUCCGGGCAUUCGUCGAGCUGCACGAUUUCACGGACUUGAUACUUGUACAGGCGUUGAGACAAUUCCUAUGGAGUUUUCGUCUGCCCGGCGAGGCGCAAAAGAUCGACCGCAUGAUGGAGAGUUUCGCUCAACGCUACUGCCAACUGAACCCCGAUAUAUUCACGAACGCGGACACGUGUUACGUGCUCAGUUUCGCGAUAAUCAUGCUGAAUACGUCACUACACAACCCCAGUGUGAAGGACAAGCCGACACCGGAACAGUUCGUAGCCAUGAACCGCGGCAUCAACAACGGUGGCGAUCUACCUCAAGAAUUGCUCUUGUCUCUAUACGAGUCUAUAAAGACGGAGCCGUUCAAAAUACCAGAAGACGACGGUAAUGAUCUCAUGCAUACCUUCUUCAAUCCUGACAAAGAGGGCUGGCUGUGGAAACAGGGUGGCAGGUAUAAGUCCUGGAAGAGACGAUGGUUCAUACUGAAUGAUAACUGCCUUUAUUACUUCGAGUACACGACGGAUAAAGAGCCGAGGGGCAUUAUUCCAUUAGAAAAUAUAUCUGUCCGCGCUGCGAGCGACCGCCAGCGCCCGCACUGCCUCGAGCUGUACGCCAGCGGCGGCGCCGACCUCAUCAAGGCCUGCAAGACCGACUCCGAGGGGAAGGUGGUGGAAGGCAAGCACACGGUCUACAGAAUGUCUGCGGCUACUGCAGAGGAACGUGACGAGUGGAUUGAAUGUCUACGGCGCUCAAUAAGUCACAACCCAUUCUAUGACAUGCUCGCACAAAGGAAGAAGAAAGCUCAGCACAACUUGCACUCGGGUUCGCACUAGCGUGCAGUAUUCCGCACUAAGCGAACACUAGGGCGCACUAGCUCGAACUAGUUCGCACUAUAGAUACUAUUCAUAAAACUAGUGAACUAUACAAGAGUUGAACUUGGCCUAUCACGUUUUAGAACACCAUUUUGAUUCGUAAAAAGCUAGAGAUUCUUUUAUGAACUAUAGACGUUAUAGCAUCGAAGACUUGUUCGUUACUAUGGGGUGUUGUUUUCUGAUAAAACAAGAGAAAGGGCAACUACAGUUAUGAUACAGAAUAUAGUUCAUUGUUAAGGUUUGUGUGUAAAUAAAUAAUAGAAAAAGUGAUCACAAAUUAAAUGUGUAAGUGCGUUAACAAAAUGGAUUUGGAACUAAGGAGACAUUUUGUUAAGACAACUUCUUGAAUUUUAUUGCUCAGUUGUCAGUUGUCAAUGAUGAAAUUAAACGUGUUUUUACAUUGGUCGGUCAGUUGGAGUAAUAUAUACAUUAUAUAUUAUAUAUUCAUUAUUAUGAGUUCACUUAUGAUAUUAAAAAAAUUUUUGACCAUCAGUGCAAAUCAUAAAUAGAAAGAUUGUACUUGGAUUAAGUCUGAAUGGCAUUUUGAUUUCGAUAUAUAAUUAAAAUUCGGUCUCUGGACAACAUAUAGCGAACAGAGCAAAGAACAUCACUCGUCAUUCAAAAGUAUCUCAACAUCUAUCAUUAACAGACUUCGAUCGCGUGUUGGCACAGAAACAGGUUAACAGCCACAAAAUUUGUCAAGGUGUUUGUUACUGCUUUUUUUUUAUAUAUAACGAUAAUGAAACAAUAUUAAUAUACUUUGCACUGAUGGCCCGACUUGAAGUGUACCGCAAAUCAUGUUCAAGAUGUUAGACGUCCAUCUAGUUAUAGUGGCAUGUCUUUUAACUGAUUUGUUACGAAAGAAAUCUUUUGCGAAGCUGCUAAAACAAUAAGAUUAGAGAUUGUUUACACAGUUCUACCAGCCAGAACAAUCUUGAUGAAUAAUAUAAGUUGAAAAUAACAUGAAAUUAGUAUGAAAGGUGACCCUAAUUAUUGUCACGAGUUCGUAGUAAUUACGCAUUAGUUUUCAUUCGUAACAAUGAGAUAACAUGAAUAAAAUUGUGAUAUUUACAGCCAAUUCUACGACAAGUGAUUAUAGUUGUAGUUGAUCGAACAAUAUGUUCAUACAUCAUGGGCUCGUAGCUCAUGGUCGGUGUUUAUUGUCCAUGUAAAUAACAAACGCAAGACUGAAACAUAUGUAUGUAAACUAUUGCAUCUUGAAUCGAUUAUAUCACAAAAUAAUUUAAUAGUAUUUCAUAUUGAACUUAUAUUUUUUCUUUUGAAAGUUUUUAACUGAGCUUAUGUAAUUGUUCAAAGUAAUUAUUACUUCGUAGUUGUGUGAAAUUUUUGUAUGUGUAUUAACAAUAUUGAUAGUUUUAUGACAUGAUCGAUGAGAGAUAAUAUGGGUUUACCGCCCUAUUAUUGAAAUAAUUUGCGAUUUCUUAUUUGAAGUAUAUAAUGUGAUUGUUUUUUUUUUCGGAAAUAUAUAGAUAGGGUUUUACAAAUUUAUUGAUGCUUCUCGUUGCUUUGACAAUAAUUCGUUUGUUACAUUGGUUUACCAUAUAGAGGUCUAACCAUAGGAUUAUGAUACCAUAAAUAUACACAAUAUAUUCAUUAGUUGAAAUUUGUAUUCAUUGAAAGUAUUACAUUAUGUAAAAAAUGAUUAGUGUAGCAGUAGCUUUAUUAUAGUGUAACAUAGUUAUAUUAAAUCUUAUUAUGUAAAUAUGGCUUAAUAGUUGAUUUGAUUAGAACGUAAAAGGGUUAGGAAAUUAUUCAGUAUAUGUUGUUUUAUAUUUCUCAUAUUAAUUUAAGAUUCAUAAACGAAUGAGUCAUUUUUUAAACCUAUUUUCUAGUAUAGUGAUUAUUAUUUAUACAUAUAGCUGAAUACAAGAUUAUUUUUAAUGCUAUAAUAGAAUUUAUGUUAGCUCAUGGGAGUAUUUUUAAUGAACUUAAAGAUUGUACCGCUAGACAUGUUCAAUUUGUUUGGUGUAAAGAUAAUAACAAUGCCGUUCAUACAUAGCUGAUACUUUCGACAUAGUAUCUUAAAAACAGUAAGAACAUUACUAUUUUAUAUACUCUUUCAUAAAAAAAAAUAUGGAUUUUAAAUGAAGCAAUUUCAACACUGACAUAGUUAAAGUUUCAAGCUCAGAAACGGACAGGAAGUUUCUGAGUGUACUCAAUAAUCUGAGCGAAACAAAUCAAUCAAUCAAUUUCUUGGUAUAAUUCGUCGUUUUUAAAAACAGAUUAUCAAUAUUAUACAAUGUCAUUCGGCACACAGAUAUUUAUUUCGAUCCAAACGGUGUAAACAAAAUUAAAACUUUAUAAAGUAAGAUAACUUUUCAAUUAUCCUUUUUUUAUUUUUUGUAUUUGGAUGUCAGAUACAUUUCGUUCGAAUUUUAUAUAUUUUUUUUAAAAUCUUUUCUUAACUCAAUAAAAUUGAUUUGAAUUCUUCACAUUUUACUUUAUAUAAGAUUUACGUAACUUGGGCCGAAAACGAAUAUAGCUUAGUUACGUUUGCGUUGAAGGAAAAUCGAAAAAUAAUUUCGUUAUGUUGCAAGUUUAAAUGAACAUUGUUUAUUGUUAUGCAACAAUAUGUCAGUCGAAAACUUCUGCAACGUUGUAAGUAUGUGAAAAAAUGAGUAAUUUAUUUAUAUGUUACUAACUAUUCAUUGUUCCAUGCAAUAUUUAACGUCACUUGCUUAAUGGUAGCUAUUGUUCGCCUGUAUCAGAAAUAAUCUGCAAAUCUGACAAAUUUUUGCAUAACAUAUUCGAAAAACUGUAUGUAAAUAAGAUUUAUAAUAAUUUCUAGGUUAUAAUCACAUAUUUAGGGAAAGGUGCCUAACGAUCUGUAAUUAUUUAAGUUAGUUUAGUUACAAUAAAGCUGUGUAAAUUUGCGUAAAUAUAUUAAUUUAUCUCAAUUGUAAUUGUAAUGAUUUAUAUGACAACGGAUAUGUGCAUAAUAAUGAUGUAAAUAAUUUUGUAUGAAAGAAAUACAUUAUUAUCAUUAUUUA